UGAUAGUGCGGUCUUUAUCUAUGAAUUACAAUUCGGUGGAAAUAUCAACGAUCAUUAUAAUUUUAUUUUAAUUGCUCGGUGCUAACGGUUUAAAAAAAAAGACAUUAAGUAUUUGCUCGAAAACCCUCAAGUUCGCAAGUUCAUCAUGUCUGAAAACACAAGAAGUUCAGCAUUCAGAAAGAUUGAUGUCGAUCAAUUCAAUGAAAAUUUCAAAGAAGACGAACAACCAGAAAGUCAAUCAACAACUGCCAUUCCAGAUGAAUCUGAAAUUACAACGAUGAUAAACCAAGGUCGUUUUGCUGAUGCUUUGAAAUCUGCGUUGAAAAAUGCACCUUUAGGAUCAAAAAACCAACAAUUAAGGGACAAUGCCUUAAAUGUUGUAAUGAAAGUUCUUCUGGCCACCAAACUAUCUCAAAUAGAUGAAGUUGUUGCACAGUUAGAUGUUGACAUGGUUGAUAUUCUUAUGAAGUAUAUUUAUAAAGGAUUUGAAAAGUCAACUGAGAAAAAAAGCAGUCAUCUUCUUAUGUGGCAUGAAAAAGCCUAUGCGCUUGGCGGAGCUGGUAGUAUAAUCAGAGUGCUUACUGACCGCAAAAGAGUGUAAUUUAACUAACAAUUUAUUUAAUCUUUAUUGAAACAAUAACCUCAAAACAAGAAUAUUAUUUCAAAAUUGUAUUUGGUACUU